AUGACAAUUGAUUGCACGAUGCUGCGACAGCAUUCCUUAGAAAAUCGCAACCUAAUAAUCAACAUCCCUAUAGAACUGACACCAAAGCAAUUGUUGCAAAAAAGACGACAAAAGACUGGGGCACUACCGUUGGUCAUCAGACAUGUCCCCCGUCGGGAGGUUCGUGAGGUCGAAAAAAUUGUUCCAAAAUAUGAAGUGGAGUAUGUCGAGCGUGUAGUUGAAGUCCCACAAAUCCAUUAUAUCGACAAGAUGGUUGAGAAGCCAGAAAUUCAAGAAAUUCUAGUCAACCGAAAAGGCCCCCGACAAGUCCAAGAAGUUCCUCGAGAAGUCAUCAAGACUGUCCCAAGAAUUGAAACGGUUACUGUUGAAAAAGUCGUCAACGUCCCUGAGAAAUCAUUGAGCUGGUCACGAAUCUCCCCAGUUCGCCAGCCUGCGUCGGGUGUCGCAAUUCAUCGUGCUGGCGAAAUCGCAACGCGCGGAACAACCUCCAUCUAUCAGGAUCGCGUUGUGACGGGUCAACGCGGAACAGCUUCCAUCUAUCAGGAUCGCGUUGUGACGGAUCAGCGCGGAACAGCUUCCAUCUAUCAGGCUCCAGACCAACGCGGAACAGCUUCCAUGUAUCAGGAUCGCGGUGCGACGGAUCCAUAUUUUACAUCAGGUUCGAUCGCCACUGGCCCAGAACAGGCAAUCCCACCUGUGUAUCCCAACAUUGCGACACGUGGUGCUGGAUCCAGCCAUGAUCGAACCACGUCACUUCCACAACGUCCAUUAUCAUUAUCAUCAUGGUCGACAACAAAUGUUACCCCAGAGGACAUCACCCCUCAAUCGUCGACAAGUAAAAUACACGGGUUCACAGCACUCAAAGAUUGCAAUGGUCUUUAUGGUCUCCGCCUUUCUGAAACGCCAUCAUCUCAA